CAAGGGGAGACGAAAAUGAAUUUGCGCAUGCGCACAAACUCCAGGCUUUGUUGUUGCAUUUCGCCAUGGCGCUUAGCAAGACCUUUGGACAGAAACCUGUCAAAUUUCAACUCGAGGAUGAUGGAGAUUUCUAUAUGAUCGGGUCAGAGGUGGGGAACUACCUCCGCAUGUUCCGGGGUUCCCUCUACAAGAGGUACCCAUCCUUAUGGAGGAAACUAGCAUCGGUUGAGGAACGGAAGAAGAUAGUUGAAUCAUCACAUGAUCACGGCUACACGUCAUUGGCCACCAGCGUCACUCUGUUGAAGGCGUCUGAAGUAGAAGAGAUCUUUGAAGGAAACGAUGAGAAGUACAAAGCUAUAUCUAUCAGCACAGAACCUCCAGCAUACCUUAGGGAGCAGAAGGGCAAGAGGAACAGCCAGUGGGUCCCCACCCUCCCCAACAGCUCCCACCAUCUGGACGCCGUCCCCUGUUCCACCACCAUCAACCGCAGCCGGCUGGGCCGUGACAAGAAGAGGACCUUCCCCCUCUGCUUCGACGACCACGACCCCGCUGUGAUCCAUGAGAAUGCCACCCAGGCCGAGGUCCUGGUUCCCAUCCGUCUCGACAUGGAGAUCGAGGGCCAGAAACUCAGAGACGCCUUCACCUGGAACAUGAACGAGAAGCUGAUGACUCCGGAGAUGUUUGCGGAGAUCCUGUGUGACGACCUGGACCUCAACCCCCUGGCCUUCGUGCCGGCCAUCGCCUCAGCCAUCCGCCAGCAGAUGGAGUCCUACCCUACGGACAGCCUGCUGGAGGAGCAGAGCGACCAGAGGGUCAUCAUCAAGCUCAACAUCCACGUGGGGAACAUUUCUCUGGUGGAUCAGUUUGAGUGGGACAUGUCUGAGAGGGACAAUUCCCCGGAGAAGUUUGCCCUGAAGCUGUGCUCGGAGCUGGGCCUUGGGGGGGAGUUUGUCACCACCAUCGCCUACAGCAUCAGGGGACAGCUCAGCUGGCACCAGAGGACCUACGCCUUCAGUGAGAACCCGCUGCCCACGGUGGAGAUCGCCAUCAGGAACACAGGGGAGGCUGACCAGUGGUGCCCCCUGCUGGAGACCCUGACCGACGCCGAGAUGGAGAAGAAGAUCAGAGACCAGGACAGGAACACCAGGCGAAUGAGACGGCUGGCCAACACCGCCCCUGCCUGGUAGCCCCUCCUCCCCCAAAAGCCAGUGCUGGCUAGCUCGCAGCUAGCUGACGGUACGAGGCCUCAAAUGUUGGCGGCAAUCGAGACAUUCCUUCUGCUCGCUGGCCCAAAUCAGGUUGUCAUGUUGAUCUGCGUGUUUUAUUUAAUUUUCAAAUUCCCUGCUAGUUGACAGCACCAUCCCUCCCUGCCCCUCAGCCAAUGACUGUUGUCUCCGCACCGCCCAAUCACAGAUAAUAUAUGCUGUUGUUUUAGUUGUCUUUUUGUACAAUUUAAUAAUUCUUACAAAAUAAAAGUAAACAAUCUCA